AGGCAGCGGCGGCGGCCCCGGCUCGGGCCCUCAGGCCCCAGCCAUGUGGGACCCGAGGGCAAUUAGGAUGGACCCCAUAGCCUACGCUGAGCUGUUGAAAGAAUCUGGCAACCAAGUUUUUAGGAAUGGGAACUUCUCGUUGGCCAUCAGGAAGUACGAUGAAGCCAUUCAGGUUCUCCUACAGCUGUUCCAGUGGGGGGUCCACCCUAGGGAGCUGGCUGUGCUACUGUGCAACAAGUCCAAUGCGUUUUACAACCUCAGGAAAUGGAAGGAGGCCUCCGCAGCUGCCAAGGAAUGUCUGGAAUGGGAUCCGUCCUACGUGAAGGGAUACUACCGAGCUGGUUAUUCCUUGCUGCGGUUGCUCAAUCAUUAUGAUGCUGCUCGCAUGUUUUUUGAGGGUCUUGAGCUUCUGCAGGGCAGCAGCGAUCAGAGCCAGUUUGCCGAUUUCCUCGUCGGAGUCUUCACCACUAUGGGCAGUGACCCCGUUGUUUUAAAAAGCUUCAUGCCCCACUGUGAUCAAAUAUUCUCUACUGGAUUCUCAACGGAAGUGUGGCAAUCGGUAAUAGAAAAGCUGGGGAAGAAAGGAUUAUGGCCUUCAUUUCUACUUCUGUCAGCCAAAAAAGAUCGGCUACCAAGAAAUAUCUACGUCCCAGACUUAUCCCUGAAAAGUCUCUUUGAGAAAUAUGUCAUCGGAGUGUAUGACAAAAUGGAACAGGUGCCCAAGUUAGUCCAGUGGCUUAUCUCCAUUGGCGCAAGUAUUGAGACUAUAGGGCCGUACCCUCUACACGACCUCAUGCGGCUCUGCAUCCAAGCAAGGGAAAACCAUCUCUUCAGGUGGUUGAUGGAGCACCAGCCAGAGUGGAAAGGCCGCGUCAACCAGAAGGAUCAGGAUGGCUGCACCGUCCUGCAUGUGGUUGCCGCCUACUCCCCAGGAUACCUCAUCAAGCGACAAACAGAGGAUGUGCAGAUGCUGCUGCGCUUCGGGGCCGACCCCACCCUGCUGGACCGAUAUUCCCAGACCCCCGUGGAUGUGCUGAAGAGGAAUAAGAACUUCAAAGCCAUUGAGAAAAUCAAUAGUCACUUGGAAAGGCUGGCUGCGUGUUCUAAGCACCUAUCAGGACUGAGCAAUGGCAAUGGACCCGUUAGUGAGAGUGACGUUUUCCGCAAGGCCUCUGCGCAGCUGGUGAAGUACAUGAACUCAGGAAACCGGUUAUUGCAUAAAAACUUUCUGAAGCAAGACGUAGUUCAGAGGUUCUUGCGCCUCCUUUCUUCUCUGCAAGAAAUUCCUCCUGACCUGGUCUGUGACAUUAAUCGCGACUGUGCCAACACCUUCAUCAAGUUUUUACUGGAAAAACAGAAAUGGCCUGAAGUGCUGCUGCUACUGACCCGCAAGGUAAGCGGGGAGCCCCCGCUCGGAGACUGCCUCAUCAAAGACUGCAACUUCUCGGACCUUGACCUCUGCACCGUCAUCCCCCAGCUCAGCACCUGGGACCAGCGCAGGACGCAGCUCCUGGGCCGCCUGAUAGACGGUGGAGCCUCGCCGGAGGGUCUCCACGGCAGCCACGAGAGGCCACUUGUCAUGUGCCUGAAACACGAGGACUUCGAGUUGGCUUUUCUUCUCCUGACCAAGGGUGCAGACCCCCACAGCAUUUCUCUCACGGAAGGCGAUACUCCCUUGCAUGCGGCACUCCACAUCUUUUUAGAUGUCAAUGCUGACAUUGGUUUUAACUUCCUCAACCACCUGUUGGAUCUCUUCUGGUCCAACCCCACCGAAUUUGACUACCUCAACCCCAAUACCCAGGACAACAACGGGAACACGCUGAUGCACAUCCUCUUCCAGAGGGGCAUGCUGAAGCGCAUGAAGAAGCUGCUAGACCUGCUGGCCAAGUUUGACAUCAACUUCAACCUGAAGAACAAAGAAGGCAAAGACGUGCGGCACCGGAUUAAGAAGAAUGAUGCUCUGCUUUUGGCCUGGAACAAAGCUGUGUCAGAGAACCGGCGGAGGAACCGGCAGGACCCCUCAGCCCACCCAGGGAAGCUCCCAAGGCCUGCCGCCACCCCUGGCCACACAUCUCAGCUCAAGUCCCAGGUUUUGUCCAAGUUGCUGCCAUGUAGUAGCACAGACAAGUGCCUUCCUGAAGGAGCUGUGGUCCUAGAGAGCUGGGAGACUCUCCCGAAUGCCCAGAUGCCAAGGCAGGAGCCAGGCGCGGUCAGGCCCUGCUCGCACAGAGACCACCUUGUGCAGAAAAUCAGGGGUCUCAUUGAGCGGGUUGAAUUGGGUACUCCGCUCCCAGAGGACUGUCCUCAGGAUUCCAAGCCUCUGGAGACAGGAACUGGCACAGAAGCGAAGAAGGACAAGCUCCAGCGAGCCCUGGGAGUGGGGGGCUCUGGCCGUACUGAGAACAACCCUGCUGUCCUUGAGGCAGGGAGUGAGCACGCUCAGGCGGGCCUUGGGACCUCACAACUCAUUCCUGCUGGUCACAGAGGCCAGGAGGACAGCGGCGAUCAAGACAACCAGCAGCAGGUGGAGGCCUGCCUCCAGGACUUUGAGAACAUGACGUGGGAGAUUGAGUGUACUUCAGAAGUGCUGAAGAAGCUGUCCAGUAAGGUGAUGACUAAGGUCAUGAAGAAGAAAAUCAUCCUGACCAUCCAUCAGCUGGGGAACGGCGAGUGGAACGGGGGCCUGCAGAAGCGGCUGAAGAACCUGAAAGGAAACAUCCAGCUCUUCGAAGCCAAGCUGGACAAAGGAGCCCGGAUGCUGUGGGAGCUCGCCAUCGACUUCUCCCCGCGAUGCAGCGAGAACCCAGAAAAGAUCAUCGCCAUGGAGCAGAACUCCCACUCCGUGGCGAAGUCAGGGCAGGUCUAUACAGAAAUCAUCCGGAUCUGGGACAUUGUCUUAGAUCACAAGAAACUGUCAGACUCCAUCAGGGCCAUCUGCAGUGCCUACAACCGGGGCUUGUCCUGCAUCCUGCGGAAGAAGCUGAAGGGUAUCAACAAAGACCAGGUGUUGGCCAACAUGAAAAUCCUAAAGCGGAUACCCCGCUGCUACGUGGAGGACACAGAGGUGGAGAAGGGCAGGGAGCACGUGAAGCCCGAGUACUUCCCCCCAGCCAGCGCGGUGCAGACAGAGUACAGCAUCAUGAAGUUCCACAGCUUCAGCAUGAACAUGGCCUUCAACAUCCUCAACGACAUGACAGCGAUGGUGGAGUACCCCUUCCGGGUGGGCGAGCUCGAGUACGCCGUGAUCCACCUCAACCCCAGCCCGCUGGAGCCCAUCAUCCUGAUCGGGCGGAGCGGCACCGGGAAGACAACUUGCUGCUUGUACAGGCUGUGGAAGAAAUUCCACAUUUACUGGGAAAAAGCCGAGCAGGCGGGAAGCCCGCUGCUGGCCAAACAGAUCUGGCUGAAGAGAAGGUUGGAAAUGGAAUCCAGAAAGGAGAAUCCAGGUGGGGAGGAAGAGGAGGAGAAGGAGGAUGACGAAGAGGAAGGUGCCAUCGAAGUCGAGACGGCGGACAGCAUAGAUGAGGAGCAGGAGAGUGAAGCCUGUGCCGGGGCAGCCAGCGGGGAGCCUGGGGGACCAGGCCCAGUAGCAGAAGUAUGUGCCCCAGAUUGUCCCCAGCAGCUGGAGCAUUUACACCAGAUCUUCGUGACCAAGAACCACGUCCUGUGCCAGGAGGUACAGAGGAAUUUCAUUGAGCUUUCCAAGUCCUCCAAGGCCACCAGUCACUACAAACCACUGGAACCCAAUGUGCACAAACUCCAGGACCUGAGGGACGAGAACUUUCCUCUGUUUGUCACUUCCAAGCAGCUGCUCCUCCUACUUGAUGCUUCUCUGCCCAAACCGUUUUUCCUGAGAAAUGAGGAUGGCAGCUUAAAAAGAACCAUCGUUGGAUGGUCCACGCAGGAAGAGUCGACCAUCCCCAAUUGGCAAGAGGAUGAAGAGGAGGCUGAGGCGGAUGGGGACAAUGGUGAGGAGGAUAAAGUUGUGGAAACGCGUUUGGGCGACAUCGACUCGCGGGUGUUUGUGACAUUUGAGGUGUUCACCAAUGAAAUAUGGCCCAGAAUGAACAAAGUGAAAACCCCCUACAACCCUGCACUGAUUUGGAAAGAAAUAAAAUCUUUUUUGAAGGGAUCUUUUGAGGCCCUCAGCAGCCCCCAGGGGAGACUCACAGAAGAAGAGUAUAAGAAAUUAGGGAGGAAGCGGUGCCCCAAUUUCAAGGAAGACCGGAGCGAAAUCUACAACCUCUUCUGCCUGUAUCAGCAGAUCAAGUCUCAGAAAGGUUAUUUUGAUGAAGAGGAUGUUCUGUUCAACCUGUCCCGGAGGCUGUCAAAGCUCAAGGUGCUCCCGUGGUCCAUCCAUGAGCUCUAUGGCGAUGAAAUUCAGGACUUCACCCAGGGCGAGCUCGCGCUGCUGAUGAAAUGCAUCAACGACCCCAAUGCCAUGUUCCUCACUGGGGACACUGCCCAGAGCAUCAUGAAGGGCGUGGCCUUCCGCUUCAGUGACCUGCGCUCUCUGUUCCACUAUGCCAGCAAAAGCACCUUGGACAAGCAGUGUGCUGUCCGGAAGCCCAAGAAGAUCCAUGUGUUGUACCAGAACUACAGGUCCCAUUCGGGAAUCCUCAAUCUGGCAUCAGGAGUGGUGGAUUUACUUCAGUUCUAUUUCCCAGAAUCUUUUGAUCGUCUCCCAAGGGAUUCAGGCCUCUUUGAUGGUCCCAAACCAACUGUCCUGGAGUCUUGUAGUGUCAGUGACUUAGCAAUUCUGCUACGAGGGAACAAGAGGAAAACCCAGCCCAUUGAAUUUGGGGCGCACCAGGUGAUCCUUGUAGCCAAUGAAAUGGCAAAGGAGAAGAUUCCAGAAGAGCUGGGGUUAGCGCUUGUGCUAACAGUUUAUGAAGCAAAAGGCUUAGAAUUCGAUGAUGUCCUCCUUUACAACUUCUUUACUGAUUCUGAGGCUUACAAGGAAUGGAAGAUCAUUUCCUCAUUUACACCUUCAUCAUCUGACUCCAGAGAGGAAAACCGGCCACUGAUCGAAGUGCCCCUGGAGAAACCUAGCUCCUCUCAGGGUCGGCCCCUCGUGGUGAAUCCGGAAAUGCACAAGCUCCUCAACGGAGAGCUGAAGCAGCUCUACACUGCCAUCACCCGGGCUCGCGCCAACCUCUGGAUCUUUGAUGAAAACCCGGAAAAGCGGGCCCCUGCUUUCAAAUACUUCAUUAGAAGAAACUUUGUCCAAGUUGUGAAGACAGAUGAAAAUAAAGACUUUGAUGACAGCAUGUUCGUUAAGACCUCCACCCCUGAGGAGUGGAUCGCGCAAGGGGACUACUAUGCCAAACACCAGUGCUGGAAGGUUGCAGCCAAGUGUUACCAAAAAGGAGGUGCACUUGAGAAGGAGAAACUGGCGCUGGCCCACAACACCGCCCUGAACAUGAAAUCCAAGAAAGUCAGCCCCAAGGACAAGCAGGUGGAGUACUUGGAACUGGCUAAGACCUACUUGGAAUGCAACGAGCCAAAGCUGUCCCUUAAGUGUCUGAGCUACGCCAAGGAGUUCCAGCUCUCUGCUCAGCUGUGCGAGAGGCUGGGGAAGAUAAAAGAUGCCGCCAAUUUCUAUAAGCGAAGCCAAUGCUAUCAAGAUGCUUUCAGAUGCUUUGAGCAAAUUCAGGAAUUUGAUCUAGCUCUCAAAAUGUACUGUCAAGAGGAGCUUUAUGAGGAAGCUGCUGUUGCCGUGGAAAAGUAUGAAGAAAUGCUAAGGGCCAAGACCCUUCCCAUAGCCAAGCUCUCCUAUUCAGCCAGUCAGUUUUACUUAGAAGCUGCAGCAAAGUACCUGAGUGCAAAUAAGAUCAAGGAGAUGAUGGCUGUUCUCUCAAAGAUAGACAUAGACGACCAGCUGGUGUUCCUGAAGUCUCGGAAGCGACUAGCAGAAGCCGCCGAUCUGCUGAAGAGGGAAGGUCGGAGGGAAGAGGCUGCCUUGCUGAUGAAGCAACGCGGUCACCUCCUGGAGGCUGCCAGGCUCACUGCCGACAAGAACUUCCAGGCCUCGUGUCUGCUAGAGGCUGCUCGCCUCAACGUGGCCAGGGAUUCAGAUGUAGAACGUACCAAGGCCAUUCUGGAAGAAGCCCUUGAACUCUGCAGCCAAACCAAGCAGCUUUCUGGCAUUGCCGAGGCCCAGUUUCUGCUGGGGGUGAUCCUGAAGGACUUUCAGAAGCUCAAGGAUGCCUUCAUCAGGUUUGAUGCUCUCAACCACUCAGCGGGCGUUGUGGAAGCGCUCUAUGAAGCCACCAGCCAUUGCGAGGCUGACCCUCAGAAGGUUCUGGCCCUGGCUUCGGGGGGCUUGGAGGUCCUCCUCAAUUUAGUCAAGGCCCUCGAAAGAGUAACCAGCAACGCAGAGAAGGAUAUGGUCAAAUCUUGCUUUGAGUUUUUUGGGAUUUCACAAGUGGAUGCCAAGUAUUGCCAGAUAGCUCACAAUGACCCUGGGCCCAUAUUAAAAAUAAUUCUUGACCUGGAUUUGAACUUGAAAGAGAAGAAGACAAAAGACCAUUUCUUGAUCAUGACCGACCAAGUGAAAUUAGCCCUAAACAAACACCUCUUGAGCAGGCUGUGCCAGAUCACACAAAGCCUGCUUGGGAAGACCUACCCCAGCAUGUGCAUGAGGUUCAUUGUUGGCUUAAAAUGUAAGGAUGAAAAGUGUGAAGAUUACCACAGACCUCUGCGGCGUUGUGAGGCGAAGUGUUUGGUUCAGUCAAAAAUGCACCAAGUGGCAAUCAGUGGGUCGCUUUUGGAAGCCAAAAAAGUAUUCCCUAAAAUCUUAGCUGAAGAACUUGAAGGGAUUGAUAAUAUUUUGUCUGCAGAUGUGUAUGGCCAUUGCAGAUCCUUCCUGAAUGUCCUCUUCCCUAAGCAUUUCCAUCAGCGAGUGUUGUCAGAAAACCCUGUGGCAUGCAAAGAAAUCCUCAAACCAAAUUACAAGUCCUUCCGAUCCUACAGGUGUGCUCUGAAAGAGUACAUCUCUUCUCUCUUUCAAAAUGAAAGGGCACGAAGCCGCCGGGAGUCGACAGACCUGUGGCUGAGCGCCAUGCAGGCUUUCCUGCUCUCUUCCAGCUACCCGGAGGAGUUUGAAAAGCUGCUCCACAAGGAGGAAGAGAGCUACCAUAGGGAACUCAAAGCUCUAGCGUCUGAAAAAGAUGAAAGGGGCAGGGGGAGAGGCAGCAGGGUGAAAGGAGUAGAAGGGAAAUUUGGCAUGCUGGCGCCCAACAAGGAUGAUGAGAGUACUGAGAAGACCCACGUGUGCUUCAUCCGGCUGCUGGAGAAUUGCAUCAACCAGUUCUACGUGUACAGGAACCCAGAAAACUUCAAGAGGUUCUUUUUCCGUUUCAUGAACGUCCUUGUCAAGAGGUGCAAAGAACCGCUCAUCCCCAGCAUUGGAAACACAGUGGCCCUGCUGGAGUUCCAGUUCGUGCACUGCGGGGUGGUCCUGGCCCGCCUCCGGAAGAACGCCAUCCUGUGCCUCCCCAAGAGCUACAUUGCGCUCUUGCACUACUGGGAGUUUCUGUUCAGCAAGAAGGACAAGCAGCUCAGAGACGUGUUCUCCAUCAUUCAGGAAUACAAGCCGAAGGAUGUGACAAGAGCCAUUCAGGAUUUCCAGUUCCACCUCUCCUACCUCGUCAAGGUGCUAUGUGGCUCUGAGAAUGUGCACUUCAACGUCCUGCUCGAUGCCUUUGAGGACAUAGACUAUGUGGUCUCCGGCGAGGCGGAGCGGACCCUGGUGCUGUGCUUGGUGAUGCUGGUGAAUGCGGAGGUGGUCCUGCUGUCGUUCUGCAAACCUCUUCUAUACAACCACUUCCAGGGGAUUGAGACAAGGCUGCAGCUGAUGAGCACGGAAUACCCGGACCGGGUUCCCGAGAGGCUCCGGAAAGUGGUGAAGCGGGUGUUGGUGGCAGCCGACGUGAAGUCUGUGGCUGAAGCACUGCAGGACCUGCUCUUUGAGCGGGACGAAGAGUUCCUGAUGGACUGCCGCUGGUGGUGGGACAGCGGGCACAACAAAGGGGUCCACGGCCUGUAUCACGAGGAGGUCAAACUAAACCGCUUGCUCUGUGUGGCUCCCGUGGACUACUUUUCCGACCCAGAGUGUGAGUUUGGUCAGGAUGAGAUGGAGGAGCUGGCAUCAGAAGAGCGAGACCAUCUCCUCGCCACCAUCCUGUCCCAGAAGCAGCUGAAGGCUUCCAUCCGGCGGAAGCUGAGGCGGGCAUGCCUGGUGGUGUCACUGUGCAUCAGCUGGAGGAGAUGGGUGAGUGCCCAGGCGGGGUGCUUCAGGGAGGAGACCAGGGAGCCUGGGACCGGGAUCUUCAAAAGGGCCGACGUCGACCGGACCCAGUGUGACCUGUGUGGAGUGAAGUUCACCCGAGGCCCUGAGAACUAUUUCAGCCCCAGUGAAGCCUUUGAGGGAGAGGCUUCAGAGGCCGUGGCUCUUUCCGGGGCGGAGCUGGACGACAAGGAAGAUCAGGAGAGGAAUAGCGAGUCUUACGAGCAUCAUGUCCUCCUAGAAGGCCACCAGAGGCAGCAAGUGGCCUACCAGAAGUACUUCGAAUUUUUCCACGAGAACGUGGACCCGGCCAUUGCUGAAGGCAAGCAGGUGGUGCAGGACAUCGAGCAGAGCGUCUGGAUUCGCAGUCACCGGGGCCCCAAAGAGCACAGCCACAUGCUGCAGGGGAAGGUCCAGGAGAACAUCAAGAAGGUUUCGGAUACGGUGGAGGAUCUCUACAGGCAGAAGGCCUGGGCUGGCGCGGAGGAGGUGAUGGCCCGGCUUGUCCGCAUUCUGACCCCGUUAGUUGAGGAAGCAAGGGAGUGGCUGAAGAGAACAGAACUGCACCUAAAGGAGGACGGUAUCGGUCAGGAAGAUGAUUAUGAAAAUGAAACUGAGGACUUUGGUGAGCUCCUUCCCAAAAGUCGUGCACGGAAAUGUGGAAAGCAAAGAAAAUACUAAGGUCCACACAGCUGCUGCCGUCUAAACCUUCAGAACAUUCCAUCCUGACUUAGAAUUCUGAGUGCUGGGGCAGAAGAGAAAAGAAUGGCUAUUAGUGUCAAAAAGUAGGGAAGUCUAGCAACCUGUUUGCUUUUGGUUCUUGUUACUUCUCUUUCCGUAGUGGCUUAGGGUCAGCCUGCUCCCUCAGAGAAGGGCCCUCUAGCUCUUUCCCAGUUCAAGUCCACCGGUAUUAGUUCUCUCACACUCACUAGGUGAGGGCAGUCAUCGCCGUGAGGAACCUUGGAACUCUUCACCCCAAAGCCCCCAAGUUCUCUGGCCUGAAACCUUCAUGACAUGUGUCUGUGGGAGGGACACCCCUCACCUCAGAGGUGCCACUGCCCUGGACCAGGAAACCCUUCCUUGGAUUCACUCAUCUCCUUUCACACGGCUGCACCAAGCGCUGUGUGUGCCUGGGUCUGUGAGGGCCCCGCCACCGGCCACCGUGCCCCCAAGCCGCACUCUGGUCGUCUCUGAGCCUACUUGUGGUGUCGUUUGUUUCAUUAUACGCAUUAGCCUUUUCUCUCUGUGGCAACUUUUCUACCCUCCUUCCCCCUGCACAAGUCAUGGUUAGACUACCUCAGAAUGUAGUCAAGAAUUGCCCCCUGCAGUGUCCUUUGGGGGGCCAGCCACAGGACCCCUAGAAGGACAGGCCGGGGGCUGUUGCUGGGGGCUUCCCAGCCUGCCUUGCCAAGGUGGUCCUACCUCUGCCUCGGCUAUGGUACGGACAUUUCCAAAAGUGUUUUGUAUGUAGCUUUGUAUCUAGUCUUCUCGGUUCUCUCUGACAAGUCUGUCAUCCUAGCUCAGGUGGACGUUCGGAUAAGUUUCCUCCCCCUGAGCUCACCACGGCGGGACAGGGACCUGCAGCGGUGCAGGGGAGGGACAAGUGGACAGAGGAGGAACCAGCUGCUCAGUGCCCAUCCGUAGAGGUGUGCCUGUGAGUCGCUGCCGGCGGCUGGUCGGCGUUGUGUGAGGAGGGCAGGGUGGGUCUGCUUGCAGGAGGCCGCUGCUUUCGGCCCCGACCCCCCGGGCCCGUGGCCAUCGUGGCGUCCCAUCUGGGACGCCUCUGUGCCUCUCUCACGGGUCUGUGGGGGAAGCCUUCGUGCCUCCACACUGCCCACCGUCCCCAGCCCCUCAGCUCAGCCUGGAGCGGAAGGUCAGGCCCCCCUCGGCCCUUCAUUGUUUUGUCGUCACAACGGAACCGACUUUCUCCCCACACGCCGCUGCUGCCGCUGCUGUUGCUGCUCCUUGUUUUCUCUCCACUGUCUUUUUAGAUGGCUCUAUUUCCUUGAAAUGUUUAUGUUUCUAAUUUUUAUUAGUUUCUAAUUUUUAUUCCAGGUGUGUUAUUUUUUUUUUUAAUGACCUUCACUUGCCAGAAAAAAAGAAAAAGAAA